CUGCCCGGCUCAGCCUCCUUCACAUAUCUGCCUCCUUAAGUCCAGUCUUGCCCAGAUAGCUUUCAGUUAAAACUAAAGAAUGAAAGCACUAGGUUGAGAGCCCACGCGGCUACACCCACAUCCACUCUCCCACUCUCGCCAGGCAACCGCGCCCCCCACCUGCAGUGGCAUCGCCCGGCCACGCCCAGUGGCAGGGCUUCCAGCGCGAGCCGGCAGGCAGGCUGGGAAGGCGGAGCCAGGCCGGCCUAGAGUCACUUCUCCCCGCCCCUGACUGGGCCGGGCGCCCGGGGCAGGCCUCCAAGAGUGGGUACCGGGAACAUCCUGACCGUGGAGAAGGGCUGCGGGAAGCAGAACACCGCCCCCAGCGCCCAGCGUGCUCCAGAAACAUGAGCACAAACGCCUCAGCCUCCUCCCCUGGCGGCACCGGCACCGUCACCGGCACCAGCACCGGCACCGGCACCGGUACCGGCACGGGCACCGGCACCGGGCGCAAGGCGGAGGGCCCGCCCGAAGCCGGGGGCACAACUGCCCAGGUCCCGAACCCGGACUCCAGCUUGGACGACACCUCCUACAGCCCGUCCGAAUGGAGCGUCCGUUCUGAGUGGCGGUCCGUCUCGGAUCCGCUAGCCAGUUCCCAGUGGAGUACGUCCUCAAAGGCCGAGGCCGCCUCCUGGAGCUCCAGCAUACACUCCCCAAUCAGCACUACCGGUCUUAGCGAGAGUAUUGACUCCGACUCCAAGAGUGGCCUCCGGGGUUUCAGCGCUUACAACUCGAGCAGUCGGAUCCCCAAGUCUACCACCAGCUCGAACUCCUCCGAUGGGGCCGCCACAGCCUCCAACCAGGACACCGGCAUUCCCUGGGUAUUAGUAACAGGACCUACCCCGCCCGUAAACUCCCCCCUAGAGUCAUUGCAAGGGUCUGCCUUCUCCUCAGGGUUCAGCACCCCACGGGGUUCGGUAAAAGGACCGACCCUGCCCCCGGAUUCCAUCCUGACCUCAGUGCCCGGCCACACUUGGAUAUUUGUACGGGGACCUCCUAUACCCAAUGACCUUUCGCAAGUGUCAAUACAAGCACCUCCUAUACCCGGUAACACCCCCCGAGGGUCAGUACAAGGGUCUGCCGCAUCCUCAGUGUCCAGCUUCCCCUGGGGUUUGGUACCAGGACCACCUCUACCCAAUAACAUUUCCCCAGUGUCGCCACAAGCACCUCCUGCACCCCAUAACAUCCCCCCAGUGUCAAGGCAGGCGUCUACCCCCACCUCAGUGCCUGACACUCCGCGGGGUUCAAUACAAGAACCUCCUGCACCCAGUAAUCCUUUCCAACUGCCGACACAAGGACAUUCUAAACCUAAUAACUCUCACCAAGUGUCAGUACAAGGGUCCGCCCCGCUCUCAGUGCCCAGCUCCCCCCGGGUAUCAGCUGAAACAUCAGCUCCGCCCCUGAGCGCUCCCGGAGUAUCAGCAAAAGGGUUCGCCCCGCCCACAGUGCCCGGCUCCCCCCCGGUAUCAAAAGAAGGAUCGGCUCCGCCCCCGGGCUCCCCGGGGAAGUUGAUAGAAGGGUCCUUCCCACCCUUUGCCGUCCCCACUCCUGUGCCUACGACCCAGGAGAGUGUCAGCCAAAGCAUGGAGAAUCAAGAGAAGGCGAGUAUCGCGGGCCACAUGUUCGACGUAGUCGUGAUCGGAGGUGGCAUUUCAGGACUAUCUGCUGCCAAACUCUUGACUGAAUAUGGUGUUAGUGUUUUGGUUUUAGAAGCUCGGGACAGGGUUGGAGGAAGAACAUAUACUAUAAGGAAUGAGCAUGUUGAUUACGUAGAUGUUGGUGGAGCUUAUGUGGGACCAACCCAAAACAGAAUCUUACGCUUGUCUAAGGAGCUGGGCAUAGAGACUUACAAAGUGAAUGUCAGUGAGCGUCUCGUUCAAUAUGUCAAGGGGAAAACAUAUCCAUUUCGGGGCGCCUUUCCACCAGUAUGGAAUCCCAUUGCAUAUUUGGAUUACAAUAAUCUGUGGCGGACAAUAGAUAACAUGGGGAAGGAGAUUCCAGCUGAUGCACCCUGGGAGGCUCAACAUGCUGACGAAUGGGACAAAAUGACCAUGAAAGAGCUCAUUGACAAAAUCUGCUGGACAAAGACUGCUAGGCGGUUUGCUUAUCUUUUUGUGAAUAUCAAUGUGACCUCUGAGCCUCACGAAGUGUCUGCCCUGUGGUUCUUGUGGUAUGUGAAGCAGUGCGGGGGCACCACUCGGAUAUUCUCUGUCACCAAUGGCGGCCAGGAACGGAAGUUUGUAGGUGGGUCUGGUCAAGUGAGCGAACGGAUAAUGGACCUCCUCGGAGACCAAGUGAAGCUGAACCAUCCUGUCACUCAUGUUGACCAGUCAAGUAACAACAUCAUCAUAGAGACAUUGAACCAUGAACAUUAUGAGUGCAAAUACGUAAUUAAUGCGAUCCCUCCGACCUUGACUGCCAAGAUUCACUUCAGACCAGAGCUUCCAGCAGAGAGAAACCAGUUAAUUCAGCGUCUUCCAAUGGGAGCUAUCAUUAAGUGCAUGAUGUAUUACAAGGAGGCCUUCUGGAAGAAGAAGGAUUACUGUGGCUGCAUGAUAAUUGAAGAUGAAGAUGCUCCAAUUUCAAUAACCCUGGAUGACACCAAGCCAGAUGGGUCACUGCCUGCCAUCAUGGGCUUCAUUCUUGCCCGGAAAGCUGAUCGACUUGCUAAGCUACAUAAGGAAAUAAGGAAGAAGAAAAUCUGUGAGCUCUAUGCCAAAGUGCUGGGAUCCCAAGAAGCUUUACAUCCAGUGCAUUAUGAAGAGAAGAACUGGUGUGAGGAGCAGUACUCUGGGGGCUGCUACACGGCCUACUUCCCUCCUGGGAUCAUGACUCAAUAUGGAAGGGUGAUUCGUCAACCCGUGGGCAGGAUUUUCUUUGCGGGCACAGAGACUGCCACAAAGUGGAGCGGCUACAUGGAAGGGGCAGUUGAGGCUGGAGAACGAGCAGCUAGGGAGGUCUUAAAUGGUCUUGGGAAGGUGACCGAGAAAGACAUCUGGGUACAAGAACCUGAAUCAAAGGACGUUCCAGCGGUAGAAAUCACCCACACCUUCUGGGAAAGGAACCUGCCCUCCGUUUCUGGCCUGCUGAAGAUCAUUGGAUUUUCCACAUCAGUUACUGCCCUGGGGUUUGUGCUGUACAAAUACAAGCUCCUGCCACGGUCUUGAAGUUCUGUUCUUAUGCUCUCUGCUCACUGGUUUUCAAUACCACCAAGAGGAAAAUAUUGACAAGUUUAAAGGCUGUGUCAUUGGGCCAUGUUUAAGUGUACUGGAUUUAACUACCUUUGGCUUAAUUCCAAUCAUUGUUAAAGUAAAAACAAUUCAAAGAAUCACCUAAUUAAUUUCAGUAAGAUCAAGCUCCAUCUUAUUUGUCUGUGUAGAUCAACUCAUGUUAAUUGAUAGAAUAAAGCCUUGUGAUCACUUUCUGAAAUUCAAAAAGUUAAACGUGAUGUGCUCAUCAGAAACAAUUUCCGUGUCCUGUUUUUAUUCCCUUCAAUGCAAAAUACAUGAUGAUUUCAGAAACAAAGCAUUUGACUUUCUGUCUGUGGAGGUGGAGUAGGUGAAGGCCCAGCCUGUGACUGCCCUUUUUCUUCCCUUAGGCAAUGGUGAAGUGUCAUUACAGAGCCUAGAGGCUCACAGCCUCCUGGAGGAAGCGGCCUCCACUUCGGAUCAGGAAAUAGUAAAGGAAAGCAGUGUUGGGGGUAGUGGCAUGCAGACCCUCAGACCAGAAUGGGGACAUCUUGUGGGCUGCUGUCUCAGGAAUCUCCUGACCACUUGUAGUUCCUCCGACUUUUCUAGACAUCUAGUCUCAGUGCUAGCUUAUUUGUAUUUUUCCUCUUUCACUUCUUAUGGAGGAGAGUGUUUAACUGAGUUAGAAUGUUGAAACUGACUUGCUGUGACUUAUGUGCAACUUUCCAGUUGAGCAGAGGAAAACAGUGGCAGGACUGUCCCCCAGGAGGGCUCCCCGCUUAGCUCUGUGGGAGACCAACUACGACUGGCAUCUUCUCUUCCCCCUGGAAGGCAGCUAGACACCAAUGGAUCCUUGUCAGUUGUAACAUUCUUAUUUCAACUUCAGGAAAGCAGCAGUUUUCUUUUAUUUUUUCCUAUGACCAUAGAAUUAGACAUACCUCUCAACUUACGUAUGUCUUCAACAUGGUUACCUCUGCAUAAAUAUUAGCAAAGCAUGCCAGUUUCUCUUAAGUACUGAAAUACACAUGAUAAAUUUGACUGUUAUUUGUUGAGACUAUCAAACAGAAAAGAAAUUAGGGCUCCAAUUUCCUUAAAGCAAGCUCACUUGCUUUAGUUGUUAAGUUUUAUAAAAGACAUGAAAUUGAGUCAUUUUAUAUAUGGAAACUAAGUUCUCUAUCUUAGGAGUAAUGUCGGCCCAGAAGGGUGCCCACCUCUUGUUUUCACCUUUUACAAACUCAGAUUUUUAAAAGCCCUUUCCAAAGGUUUCAGCCGUAAAAUACUUCGUUUUACAAUGUAUCAACAUAUUUUUAUUUAAGGGGAAUUAACAAUUGCCAGGGGAAACCAGCCAACCCAAGUUUAUUAUAUCAUUAACUUUAUCAUAAAUUCAAACCUAAGUUGCUGGACCCUGGUGUGAGGACAUAAAUCUUCCAAAGUUUCGCCUAUCCUAAGAGCUGCAUUUUUCUGCUGCUCUUUACCUUGCAUUUUAGCUAAUUUAGGAGUUUUGAGAAUGUAUUGGAUGCGCUCCAGUACAUAAGGAGUUGCCGCAUAUUAUAUCAAACUGCUUUGAGAAACCUCAUCCCUAGUCUAUUGCAGUUGUUUCUAUUAGCUUACUGAUUAACUCCGUCCUGACACACCUUUUGGGAAAUGCUGAUUUAAACUUCUUAACUGGCAACAGUUGGAACAGUAAUCAGUUUGCUAACAUAUUUGAAGUCUUGAAUGUUGAAGAACUCAGGUGAUUUACCCUUUUCAACCUUUUGGAAAACGAUUUAAUUUAUUCUAAUUGGAUUAACCCUAUUAAUCUAUGGAUUGGAUAUCAAAAUGAAUGCCAGUCCAGGUGUGCCUAGACAUGAAAUUGGAGCUGAGGACUCUCACCAUAUGCGAGUUCAUCCAACAUGAAGAUACCAUAAGCCUUUUCUCUGAACCAGAGAAAUGAAAGUCAGUUUAAGAGGCUGAUAGAUCUUGGCCCUGUUAAGGCAUCCACUUCACAGUUCUGAAGGCUGAGUCGGCCCCACUCCACAGUUAGGCCAAGAAUUAGAUUUUAAAACUUCAUCUGUCUGUCCCAGUUAACUGUUAAAUAAGGCCUCAUCCUCCACUGAAGAGUAUGGAUUGAAGGAUUGUGAACUAUGUUUAGUCUGAUUGUGAACUUGGUGCCUAAUGUUCCAUGUCUGAAGUUUGCCCCAGUGCUACACGUUGGAGUAUACCUAUGUGCGUGCUUUGCCACUGAAGUAAGAGUUUGCCUGUAUGGUACUGUUUUGUUUGUUAAUAAAGUGCACUGCCACCCCCGA